AGGGAGGGAACAGAUGAAAUCAGUUGUGCAACAAACAACUAUCUACUCUACAGACUUGGUUGCAAUUUUUUUUCCUACGACUCCGAAUUUCCAGCAAAUUAAUUACAACUUUGAUGGCGAUGAGAAUAACUAAUAAGCAAGAGCAGAAGAACAGGCUAGUGCUUACACUGGCACGUGAUCCCUCGUUAUUAUGCCCUGACUUCAUUAUCAUCAAUCUUGACUCCAUUAUUCUUUUUAGAAAGCCAAAAAACUGAGUACACUCUGAAAGAUUCAGAACUCAGAAGAGGACCGAUUUUAUAUUGAGAAUCAAACAAGAUCAAGCCGGCAAACGCGUUUUUUAACUUUUUCUUCAAUGAAUGAACGAAUUCAUCGUCCUUGUUGAUCUGGAAUUCCCUCUCUCAACUUCAUCCCUAAUAUCUUCCAUGCUUGGUUCAAUGGCCCAACCAAUCCUGAAUCCCACUGCUGAAGACCAAGUUUUGUUAUCUUUCGCAAAAUCUUCCUUUUCCUAUCCUCUGAAGAUGGGUGAUGGUGGCUAUGGACGGGUUUAUAAAUCAUCGUUCACAGGAAGGAGCAAUCUGUGCAGCAAGAACCCAGAUUUUUCACCUUCUCUGAACCAAGUGAAGAAGGAAAUCAACAAGUUAGAAAUUUUUUAUUUAUUGGGUGUCAUCAAAGAAACUAUAAAUGCAAGCAAGGAAACCGUGUUUUCGCGCCUUUUAUUUCCACGACACAAGAAUAAGGAAAUUACAAUACGAGUGGCAUCAUUUGCAAUUUCAACUAUUAUGGCUCUUCAUAUAUCUGUCCUGCUAUGUCACCUGCCACUAUUCAGAAAACAUUUGGCGGCCUUCAUGUUCCUUGCCCAGGAACCACUAAAAAAAUAUGGCUUUGGAUCCAUACUUAUUCCCAUGCUUGAAUUGUUAAGCUACAUGGUGCUUGUUUCGGCUGUUGCUUCGAUUCUUCUUCUUCGUGCAAAAUUCACUUGCAUGCACUCUGUAAUGUUAUUCUCUUGGAGUAUCCUCAUGAUUGCCGAAUUGUAUAAUCCGAUCAGUGCACUGUACCUUACAAUAGUAGGAAUUUUUUUCAUAGGGUGGUAUGCAGUAUGCUCCUGGAAAAGCAGCAACCAAAUGCAAGGACAGAAGUUGUCCGGCUUAGUUGAGCCCGAGAUUUCUCAUGAUCUUCAUCCUUCUCAGUUAUGCACUAUAUCUGUUACUAAGUGAGAGAUUUGCUCUUACUGAGAAAGCAUGCUAUAACUCCAAUGUAAAAUAAAUGUCGCAUAUGUGGCUGUGUUUGCUGUUUCUACUCUUGUCUUUGUAAUUUGAAGUUGUACUGCUUUGACCUCGGUGCAGUACUAUGAUGUUUUGCUGUUGGUAACUUCUUAUAAAUUGGAUUGUGUACCAAACUUUGUGCUCGAUUAUUUAAUGCUUGGAAUAUCUUAUAUA